UGUCUCUUCUUGUGUUUAGAUGCGUGUGAUCUCACACUGGACCCAAACACAGCACACACACGUCUCUCUCUGUCUGAGGGGAACAGAAAGGUGACGUGUGUGUGGGAGCAGCAGCAGUCGUAUCCUGAUCAUCCAGACAGAUUUGAUUACUGUAAGCAGGUUGUGUGUAGAGAGAGUCUGACUGGAUGCUGUUACUGGGAGGUUGAGUGGAGUGGGAGGGCUGAAAUAUCAGUGACAUAUAAAGGAAUCAGGAGGAAAGGACACAGUGAUGACUGUGAGUUUGGCUGUAAUCUAAAGUCCUGGAGGCUGAGCUGCUCUAAUAACAGUUACAUUGUCUGGCACAAUAAUAAGAGAACUGACAUCUCUGCCCCCUCCAGCUCCAACAGGGUAGGAGUGUAUCUGGUCUGGCCCGCCGGAACUCUGUCCUUCUACAGCGUCUCCUCUCACACACACACACUCACACACUUACACACACUCCACUCCACAUUCACUGAGCCCCUCUAUGCAGCGUUUGGGCUUUGGUAUUAUAACUCCUCAGUGUGUGUGUGUGAGCUAAAAUAGCCUCUGCAGGGAAA